AUGAUUGAAGGUGAAUUUGAGGAAUCGUUGAUUAUUUUGUUGUGGUUAGGAUCUAUUUUGGUGUAUUUGGUGAUGGGGAUGAGGAAUGAUGCACAGAAGCAACAGCUUCUUCAUCAGGGUAAUGGUGGUGGCAAAACCAACGGCUUCAUUCCUAGUUCUUUUCGUGCUCUUUCAAGCUACCUCAGGAUUGUUUCUUCUGGUGCUUCUACUGUUGCACGUUCUGCUGCAUCUGUAGCUUCAUCCAUUGUGGAGAGGGAUGAUGUCCCCGACCAUGAUCAGGUUAUCUGGGCUGGGUUUGACAAGUUAGAGGGUGAGGGUGAAGUAAUUCAGAAAGUACUUCUUCUAGGCUAUCGAUCUGGCUUCCAGGUUUGGCAUGUUGAUGAAUCAAAUAAUGUCCGAGACCUUGUAUCCCGACAUGAUGGUCCUGUUUCUUUUAUGCAAAUGGUACCUAAUCCCAUUGCAUCAAAGAGAUCUGAAGACAAUUAUGCAAACAGCCGCCAGCUGUUGGUUGUAUGUACUGAUGGGUUCUUUGCUGGAGGUAGUAUUGUUCAGGAUGGGUUGGCCACCCCUAAUAAUGGGAACACCAUAAACUUACAUGACCAAAUGAAUGGAAACUAUCUGCCAACUACUGUUCGGUUUUAUUCUAUGAAAUCCCAAUCAUAUGUUCAUGUGCUGAAAUUUAGAUCAGUUGUUUAUUCUGUGAGGUGCAGUUCUCGAGUAGUUGCAGUGUCUCAGUCCUCACAGAUUCACUGUUUUGAUGCCACCACAUUAAUAAGGGCAUACAUUUUACUCACGAAUCCUAUAUCCAUGAGUGUCCCUGGUUCUGGAGGCAUAGGUUAUGGACCACUUGCGGUGGGACCAAGAUGGUUGGCUUAUAGUGGAAGUGCAGUUGCUGUCUCCAAUUCAGGACAUGUCAGCGCAAAACAUUUGACGCCUUCUGCAAGCUUUUCUGGUUUUUCUUAUAAUGGGAAUUUGAUUGCCCACUAUGCCAAAGAGUCCAGCAAGCAUCUUGCUACCGGUAUUGUAACCCUUGGCGACAUGGGGUAUAAGAAACUUUCCAGAUACUGCUCUGAUACCAAUGGCUCAUUACAAUCUGUAAACUCUGGCUAUAAAAGCAAUGGAACCAUUAAUGGUCAUUCAACAGAUGCAGAUAACAUUGGAAUGGUUAUUGUAAAAGAUAUUGUCUCCAGAAACGUUAUUGCUCAAUUCCGGGCCCACAAGAGUCCAAUUUCAGCAUUAUGCUUUGAUCCUAGUGGCACCAUUUUAGUGACAGCUUCCAUUCAGGGUCAUAACAUAAAUGUUUUCAAGAUAAUGCCUGUUCGGGAGAAUUUGUCACCUUCUGACACUGGCCCUUCUUAUUUUCAUUUGUACAAGCUGCAACGUGGCUUUACAAAUGCGGUUAUUCAAGAUAUCAGUUUCAGUGAUGACAGCAAGUGGAUUAUGAUCAGUUCCUGCAGGGGCACUAGCCAUCUAUUUGCCAUAAAUCCUCAAGGAGGACAUGUAAAUAUUCAAUCCUUGGAUGAUAGUUUUAUGGCAAAAAAUAGUGGAUUAGGCACUACAGCUAAUCACGCCCUGGGCUGGUCUCAUAGUUCAACCAUGCAAAGGCCUAAAAGGCAUAGUUUGGUUGUGGCUGGCCCUCCAAUCACUCUUUCUGUGGUAAGCCGGAUCAGGAAUGGAGCUAAUGGCUGGAGAGGCACUGUAAGUGGCGCUGCUGCUGCUGCAACUGGUAGGAAAAUUUCCCUUUCUGCGGCUAUUGCUUCAUCUUUUUGCAAGAAUAAAAGCUCUGACGGGAACUAUUCAAAGUCAAAGUAUCGCCUGUUGGUCUUUUCACCUACUGGUUCUAUGAUACAAUAUGCUCUACGGAUGUUAACUGGUCAAGAUUCACCUCUUGUUUCUGGAUUGGCUCCUGCUUAUGAAUCCAUUCCACAGGAUGAUGCAAGAUUAGUAGUUGAGGCUAUCCAAAAAUGGAAUAUAUGUCAAAGUCAUAGUCGGAGAGAGCGAGAUGAUAAUUUAGACAUAUAUGGUGAGAAUGGAAUUUCCGAUGUUAAUAAAAUAUAUCCAGAGGAAGUGGGGGAAAACACCUCUAGCCCGAAAAUCGGGAAUGGCGUCACGAAAGUGAAUCCCUCUCUUGAGGAUAAGCAUCAUUUGUAUAUUUCAGAAGCUGAACUUCAUAUGCAUCAAGCUCAGACUUCAUUAUGGGCCAAACCAGAGAUAUAUUUUCAUUCGAUGUUGCAAGAGCCUGACAUAAUGGGGGAAGAAGCUGCAUCAGGAGGUGAAUUUGAGAUUGAAAGAAUGUCAACUUGCAUAAUUGAAGCUAGAUCAAAAGACUUGGUUCCAAUUACUGACUGUAUUCAGACUCCAAAGUUAAACGAUACAAGGAUUUCUUCUAUGGAUAUCAAGAAAGAUGAAGAACUGUCGUCGCAUCACAGUUUGCGCCCAUCUGGAAAUGGUAGGGUUUCAUGUAGGACUGGUGGUGAUGCUGAUUCUGAGUGCAGAAGUGGGAAUGCAGGAACUGAGUGGGAUAAUCAUGUGGUGCCUUCUGAAACUGUGAGCUUUGUAAAUAACAAUGACAACUUUAAACCAAAUACUCCGCAUGAGAUUGUAAAUAAUAGAAGGGAGCACUUAAACACAGAGGCUCAACUCAUGUUUGUAAAUAGUGACAGAAAGCUUGAAAAUGAAGAAUCAUUUUGA